CAGUCACAAUUCCUCACCCACACUCAGUCUCUCUCUCUCUCUCGCACCCACUCGCUCUCGCCCUGCUCACGCCCUCGAUCAUGACUCUCGACACCCUUGCACUGAGCGAGGGGGAUACAAUGGAACUGGAAACGGAGGGCAUGGGGUUUGUCUACAGCACGGGCAAUUCCCUGAAUGAAAUUGCUCCGCCUCCACCUUCCGGCAAUGACAACAACCACAGCUCGAAUCACCAGAUUCUUUCUACUGGCUUUACUGAUGGGAUAUGUCUCGUUCUGGGGCUCAUUCUGGGGCUUUACUGCAGGGUUGCUGCUCUCGUUGGGUUUGUUUUGCUCAAAUCUUCGGCCGCAAAAGAAAACGACUCAAUUGCGACGCCCACAACGAAACUAAAAAAAACCACAGGCGAUCUCGAAGCCGGUGAAGUAUCUGUUCAGCCCUUUGAAGGUUCUCACGCAGAGGAUGUAGUCAUGGAUGUGCGUGGUGGAAUUGGGACUGAGGGAGAGUUGACUUCGCUUGAAAGCACCAUUUCCCAGGUCACACCGUCUGGUGCUCAGGACGAAAUCACCGGUUCAGAGAUCGGAAUGGUCCAUGUUAAUGAGGAGGCCUUGGCUGAAGGGGACAGGAUUGUAGAGGUGCCCGUAGAUGUAGUUGACGGGGCCUUGGUUGAAGUGAACGGGAUUGCAGGUGGAGGUGGUGAAGCAUUCGUUGCUUUCCCACUUGGGGUUGAUGUGUUUGACAUGAGGAACCUCUCUCAGGCACAAUACCUCUCGUUCAUGGGGUCUUUUCCGGCACUGGAGAAUGGUUCACUUAAUGACUGGUGAUCAUGACUAUGCGGUGGCCGCUGCAGUAGUGACAGGAAAAAUGUUCGAUCAGGUGGUUUCAUAGUUUGACACUGUGUCUGUAAUUUAUGGAAUACACCUGGCUUAAUAAACUAUAAAUGAACUGACCAGGAAUACACCUGGAUAAAUAAACUAAAAAUAAACUGAUCAGGAAUAUAUCUGGAUAUCACCCUGAGGCUUGUUGUAGAUUACGAGUAGUUGGACUGUGGUGCUUGUGACUGGUUCGUCAGCAGGCUUGUGAAUUUCCUUAAAAAAUUCUGAAAUUCUGAAAUAUAUUUUAUUAUAUUUUUUAUAGAUCACAUUUAAACAAGAA